AUGGUCUUUUUCAAACGGAAGCCGGUCACAUACCUCCCACGACCCGUGAUUCAAGAUGACAACUCUGAGGUCUGGGUUGUCCCAGAGACCAGCGAGGUCUUCACGAGCUAUGAGGCGUACCUCGCCAGGAUGGACUUUUACAAACAGCGUCGGUUUAUUUGUGAAAUUACCGGCCAUUCUGGCCUGAACUUCUUCGAGGCAAUGCGCAGUGAGAUGGAGGAAUCGCGCGAGGUGAACAGCAGUUUCCCGGAAGCGCUGAGAGAGCCAAUUUUGCGUCGAAUUCAAUUCUCUACAGUCUCAAGGGUCGAUCAUCUGGUGGACGAGAUAUUUGAAGAAUUCAAGUCCGAUUUUUACCCCGGAGAAAAUGUGCUAAUCAUCUUGGAAGAUGGCAGUAGGCUACAUGGGAUUAUCAGGGAUAAGGCAAACUUCGCCGAACAACUAUUUGCUGAUGGCACUGUUAAAAAGCCAGCGGUUUCUACGUAUCUGGUCAAGAUCCUCGAUCGUCCGAACGAGGAGGCCCUGUUGGACCAUGAUCAUAUCACCCGCGACCGGAAGGCUUUCACCAAGCUGAUGCUACGGGGGUUCAUUAAGCACAACGUGACUCGCGAAUCUUGGACUGGUGCGCCUUGGCUUGUCAAAGCUUCGAUUGCCGACGAAUAUAAGAUAUCCACCGAGGUCCCAAAGCACCUUCAGUACGGCUCAAAGGUCGCGGAGAAGAAGGCAAUGAAGAAGGCAGACCAAGACGGAUAUUUCGGCUUCUUUUCUUCCCAGCAACUGCCAGCGCUCAAACCAGCUAUGAAAGGGCAGAAAUCCAAAUUGUCUACCCAAGAUCUAGCAAAAUCUAGCCAGGCGCAGUACGAGGAGUAUCAGCGAUCGCUGAAUGGCAACCCCUCAUUUCUCCUUCCAAACAAUCCCCUGCGCCCAUCGAAGCCACCGCUGGUCGGUGACAAGAAAAUGCAUCCGCCUGCUGCGAUUAUCAAGAGCGAGCCGACGGCUCCCUCCCCUCCGCCGAUCCGUUAUCCGAUGGAAGAUUUGGAGCUUCCACCCUGCCGAGAUGACAAACACCGGCCAACCUUGAAGUUCAUGAUGCUAGGCGAGUCAGAUGAUGAUGGCGCCGAGGAUCUUUUGCCCGAUGACUUGGAGCCUGAUUCCGUUGGGUUGCUUCUGGAGACCUGGGAUACUCUCAACGUUUACUGUGAGGUAUUCCAGAUUGACUCAUUCACUUUUGAUGAUUUUCUUCAAUCUAUGCGCUUCUCUUCAGAGCAAAUGGACUGUGAACUCUUUGUAGAAUUACAUUGUGCGAUUCUGAAGAAAUUGGUCAAUUCGGAACAUGAGAAUGGUGCUAUCCAGAUCAAUCUCCCCGAUUUCCCUGCUGAAGAAUCUGACGAUUCAGAGGAAGACGAUGAAGACGAGGAAGAUGAAGAAGAUGAUGAAGAAGAAGAACCCGAGGAAUCGGCUGGAAGAAUGACUACCCGAGGAAGUUUGGCCAAGAAAGAGCUGGAGACGCUGAAAACGCAAAUUGAUGAAGAGGACGAGGAAGAUACUCAGAUCCAUCGUGCCGCAGAAAUGUUCACCAACUAUGGAUGGAUUGAUCGCCUUCGUCGACGGGACUUCCGCAAUGGUGGAUGGGAAUUGGUGAUGAUCGGUCUCCUGCACCAGCUGUCUGUUCGCCCUCGCUAUGAGGUGACCUGCAAUGAGAUCCUCAAGCAUCUAGCACCGCUCGAUGCGAAGCCAACCCAGAAAACUGCUCAACAACAGUACAGUACUCUCGACAUCAACCUACGUGUCAAGGCUCUCCAGAUCAUCACCCUGCUCAGCUUAGAGACAAAGGCCAUCCGAAACUAUCUGGAGGAAUGCAGCAACCAAAUGACCGAGUUCCGGAAGGUGAAAAUCGAACACCAAAAAGCACGCAAGGCAGCUCUCGUCGAACUUCGCCAGCUCCACCUGGAUCGGAAAGCUCUCCAACCGGAACCCGAAAAGAACGAAAACGAAAAGAAGGAAAAAUCACCUUCACCCGUACCAGAACUCGACGGGAUUGAUGAUUCCAAGUUGACUCUCGAAGGGGAUUCUGAGAUGCCGAUCGAUUCGGAAGAUGAAGAUACGCCUCGGCCACGAGCACUACGCGGAGGCGUCGAUCGUGCCCUCGAGCGAAAACGAAAACAAGAGAUUGAGCGAGAACGCAAGGAGCAGCUGGCCAAGCAGCCCAAGGGUUCUAAGCAAUAUCAGAAGGUUCUGAAGAAGAUCGAGGACCAGAAAGCAAAGAUUGAGAAGCUCCAGGACGAAAUUGACAUAGUCGAUAACGACCUGCGUGAGGCCGACUGCCCACGAACACGUUGCCUAGGACUGGAUCGCUUCUGCAAUCGGUACUGGUGGUUUGAACGCAACGCAAUGCCUCGCGAGGGUAUGCCGGAUAGCUCCACCUCCGAGGCCCAGUACGCCAACGGCCGCCUUUGGGUGCAAGGUCCCGACGAUAUGGAGCGUGCGGGCUUUAUUGAAUUGACCGAUGAGCAACGCAAAGUUUACCACAAACAUUUCCAGACUACCCCUGCCGAGCGCAAGAAGCACGAAGAAGGGUCCACACACCUGGCGAAUGCUCGUGAAUGGGGCUACUACGAGGAGCCGGAGUCGAUUGAGCAGCUAAUGGAAUGGCUGGAGCCGCGAGGGAAUCGCGAACACAAACUCAUGAAGGAACUACAGCUGCAGAAGAUUCAUAUUGUGAAGUACAUGAAGAACCGUCAGGCCUACCUGGUCGACUCUCGUGAGCGCGCGGAGUCCGAGGAAAUGCCCACCAAGCGAGUCACCACUCGCAACAAGACGUAUGUCGAUGUGAAUGAGCACGGUCUCCGCUGCCUCCGAUGGAGUAAUACAACUGCCAUGAACGAGGUCGGACAUCUCCACGUGGACCCUGAUCGACCAGCCAAGCGACAGAAGCGCAAUACAGACGACACCCGCGAGACCAAGGCAGCACGAGGCAAGGCAUUGACCCGACAAGGUUCCCGUCGAGGGUGA